AUGCUGAGUACUGAUAUCCGGUUGGAUGAGCGCGAGUGGGCACGUCUUUUGCCUGCAUUGGAGUUGGCAUACAACACAGCCAGCCACUCCUCUGCAUGGCUCUCUCCCUUUAAGGUGAUGAUCGGGGAAAAUCCCUUCACCGCCGCGGAACUGGACAUUGUUGGUGCGCUUUCCCCAACACUCACUCCCGCGAUGACGAAGUUGUUCCGCCAACUUUGCGACCGCGCGCAGAGCCACAUUCUGCAGGCAAAGUGGAACCAGAAAUACUAUGCAGACUCCAAGCAGCUCGCAGUGGAGUAUGCGGUCGGGGAAGAAGUCUGGCUGUACGGCAAACACCUCCCGGCCCUUAACGAUUGUGCUAAAUUCGAGCCGCGCUAUCGCGGCCCGUUCAAUGUUAUUUAA